UAUAGCAGGAGGCUCAGCGCUCGGAGGCCAGUUCACUGCGUGGAUAACAAACACAGCAUGGAGACCACGACUGUCCUCGCGGCAGCCGCCACCGUGUUGGUGACGAUGUACCUGUACUUCAAUCACCGCUUCAACUACUGGAGGAAGAGGGGAGUACCGUUCGCCAAGCCAGUCCCCUUCGUCGGCAACUUUGGCUUCAUGAUCACCGGCAAGAAGAGCUUCUCCAUGGCUCUGCAGGAGAUGGCGCUCCCCUUCAAAGAGAACGGCUACUGCGGGGUGUACCGGCUCGGCACGCCGCUGCUCCUGGUGUGGGACCCCGAAAUGAUGAAGCAGAUCGUCUGCAAGGACUUCAGCAGCUUCCAUGAUCGCGGGCUCGAGGCGAGCGAGCACGACCCUCUGAGCCAGCACCUGUUCAGCCUGAGCGGCACCAAGUGGCGCAACCUGCGCAACAGGCUCAGCCCCUCCUUCACGUCGGGCAAGCUCAAGCUCAUGUUCCCCCUCAUGCGGGACAUUGGCGCCGAGCUCAACGCCCAGGUCGCCGUCGAGGCCAAGAAGACGGACACCCACGAGGUGGAGAUCAGCGCGCUGCUCUCUCGCUUCGCCACCGACGUCAUCGGGUCGGUCGCGUUUGGCAUCCAGUGCAACUGUCUUCGUGAUCAACAUAACGAAUUUCACGAAAUGUCUAAAAAGUUGUUCAGACCGUCGAUUUUCCAGUUCCUUCGUUUCUUCCUGGAGGGAAUUCACCCUAAAUUGGUCCUCCUCCUUCCCAUGAAGUGGAUCUUCUCCAAGGUGCAUCUCUUCUUUGUCGACUUGGUGAAGGAAACUGUCGAGUACCGCGAGAAGAACAACGUGGAGCGCAACGACUUUGUGCAGCUCAUGAUGCAGUUGCGAAAUGCCGACCUGUACAACGCGGAUCCGGAGAACCACAUAAAGCUGACCCACGGCGUGAUGGCCGCUCAGGGCUUCAUCUUCUUCAUCGCCGGCCUGGAAAACGUGUCCAACACGAUUUCGUUCGCGUUGAACAAGGUGUGUGCCGACCCGGCCCUGCAACAGAAGCUAGUCGACGAGGUGCGAGAGGUGCUGCGCCAGCACGACGGCGAUUUGUCCUACGAGGCCCUCCAGAAAAUGGACUUGCUGAACCGCAUUGUUCUGGAGGCGCUGCGACUGUGGAACCCUAUUGGAGUCAACGUCCGCAAGUGCAACGCCACCACUCAGGUGGGCGACGUCCGCGUCGAGAAGGGGCAGAUGGUCUUCAUUUUGACGCAAAUGGCGUCCAUGGAUGAGAACCAGUUCCCGGAGCCGCAGCGCUUCGACCCGGACCGCCAUACCCGCGAGGCCAAGGACGCGAGGCACCCCUACGCCUUCCAGCCCUUCGGCGAGGGCCCCAGGAUCUGCAUCGCCGAGCGUUUCGCGCUGCUGGAGAUGAAGCUCGCCCUCGCGCUUCUUAUCCGAGACUUCGUGUUUACUCCCGGGCCCAGCUUCGAGUCUGAGGUCGAACUUGACGGAACGGCCAUCUUCCCUAAGGCGAAAAACGGUUUCCGCAUGCAAGUCACUCCUCGCGUCUGAUAUAGAACUUAGUGCAGUAUUCGUUUUUAAAAGAUAUUAUAAACUGGCGCUGGUCGCGAAUAUCGAUUUAUUUUUAUUUUUUUGUAGAAUGAUACCUUGUACCGGCUGUUACUGUGAAUGCGCAGCAGUGUUGCGGGUUUGCCUACCCAAUUCGCCCGUAAGGCGCCAUGGCCCCUGAAGCCCUGGCGGGUAUGCAAUCCCGCAACACUGCUGCGCAUUAUUCAUAGUUACACCCGGUACGUUAAGCUAUUGCGUUUCGCGAUUGUCCAACCUUCUAUAUUUUGUUUUACCAGUACACAUACCAAAUUGUUGUCUGUAACUUGUUGCAUCCCCUGAAUGUAUUUACCUAAUAAUGUGUGUUUGUUUAAAAAAAAAAUAUUCGACUCGACCAUUUGUGAAUCUACCUCAUCGCACAUGCUGAAAGAUCAAAAUAAUAAAAAUAAAAGAAUUGCAAUA